AUGCAACCGCUGGACACGCAGGGCUACUCGCCCACGCUCGAAAAGAUCAUUCGAGGUGGUCUGGAGCCGGCGCCCCCUCCCAUACUUGGUUCGCGAUUUGCUUUUCCAUUGCAGUCUGCACUACAGACCGUUGGUAUUUUAAGAAAACCUUCUUCAAUGGUGACCAGAGCCCUUUCCGGAGUCCAAAAGAAACGAUUUAUCAUUGUCGGGCUGGACGCCGCGGGAAAAUCGACGCUCAUGAAGAAACACAUUGCGAAACCCGGUCAAGAAGUGGAACUGCGGUACCCUAUCAUCGGAUUCUAUAUAAGAUGCGUUGGCGAUUACGAAUCAGGCAAUGAGUUCUACACAACAGAUCUGGGGGCGUGUGAUGGCCAUGGCAAAGCAGUGGGUCGCGCUACUUGCGUCCAAGGAGAUGCGAUUAUUUGGGUCAUGGACAGUAAUGACCGCGACCGCUCCGUAGAAGUUAGAGAAGAACUCUUUGAGUGCUUGAAUCUUGUGCCUGAGAGGCUGGCUGUGAGACAAAAAAGUGCAGGGGUUGCUAGGGCUGUGCAGACGAGUCCCGUGGCGAUCCUGAUCAACAAACGAGACCUUGAAGUAGGUUUUCCAUGUCUAUUCGAUAUUGAUAAGUCUAACCCCGCUAGACAUGCAUGA